UUAACGCACAUGGAAGUUUCAGUUUCUGGCGAUUUUGCCGAAACGCGCGGAAACCAUGUAGUUUACUUCCUUGAUCGUUCAUAACAUCCUAAAAUCUAGCAGUGGUUGGACUCAAGGGACAAUCAAUUUUACCGUUAGCAUGUAGAAACCAAAGUCACAUUUUAAUUCUAUGUAAAAGUAAACACAUUGGUGGCUGCCAGUAAGCAGCCCAGUCUGGGAGGAGGAAGUAGGAGGUGAUGAAGACGGGCGGAGCGGAGUUUUCCUCCUGGGAGAAGAGCAAGGGAGAGAUGAUUACUAUAAUAGUCAGUUAGGAAGACACAGUUUAAACGAUGACAUAAAUGAUUUUAUUUUAGUUGCUCAUGUUUUGUUACCCCCGUCCACGGUAAUGGAGACAGAAAGUGGCGAAGGCAGGCGAGAGCACUGGAAGUUCCUCCUAAGCUUGAAGACCACGGUGGAGGGGCUGCUGUCCACUAACAAUCCUAACGUCUGGUCCCACUAUGGCGGCUUGCAGAGGUUGCAUAAGGACAUGAACAACAUCCUCAGUCACGGCCUCAAGAACGACACGGUCCACAGCAAGCAGAAAGACUACUGGCCGUUCGUUUGGUGCGUGCGCUACAUCUGUCCACAGCUGGCCUCGCACGUCGAACAGUUUAAUCACUUGGAGCCAGUCCAUAGUAACGGGCUGCUGGAUGUGGGGGAGGGUCACAAGGCUGGCCGCUGGCUGCUCCACAGUCUGCAGCUUCACUGCCUGUCUGCGCAGCUGCAGCCUUUACUGAAACACUACAGUCACACCCGCAAGUUCUAUAAUGAUGACGCCUUUGUCCUGAGCGAGCCCUAUGUGUUGGCCAUGCUACGGUGUCUAGAGGCCGUGGAGCAGAACAACCUUCAGCUGCUAACACUCAUUGACACUGGCAAGCUGUGGCACCACAGCGAGUCAAAGGGGGCGGAGCACCAAAGAUCACUCAUCAGACAAUUCGCCGCAUCCCGAGGUCCUCAGAGAGAUGGCUGCCCAGAACCUCCAACCUCUGCUGCUUCUUGGCCAGCGCUGUGGUCUGACAGUGCCGAUGAAAAGGAUUCGCCAGAUCUCGGCCGUUUGGUGGCAGCAGCCCAGAUGCCUCAGUCAGGGCCCGGCACCUCGGCAGAAGUGGAAGUCGCAGAUGCAAGGGGUGGGGAUUUCGAGGGUGGGCCGGGCUACCUUGCCGUCGGCAGCCGGGCCCACCAGCUCCUUCAGAGCUCCAAAAGUUCUCCAAGUGCCAAUGGACAUGUGGUUCCUUCAACCACUACUUGGGAUAUCAUAGGCGUGGCUCCCCGUCGCCGGUCCUCGUAUUCCGAAGGUCAAGGGGAGCCUGGCCUGGCCUACAAGGGUCACUGCAGGUCAUAUUCUGACACGGGCCUGGUACAGGAGCGCAGUCAAGGAUCAGCUGAUAUUAUGUACCCUGGAAAAGUAUACAGCAGCACCCUUUCUGUUUGCUUACAGCCUGAUGGCUCGCAGUACAGUAGCGUGUCAGAGGGAAUCUUCCCGAAGCCGUCGAAAGGGCAGAGUCUGGUCAACUUUCUCAAUGAGCAGGACUACGGCAGCUGCGCAGACCUGGAGAAGGAGAAUGCCCAUUUCAACAUUUCGGAGCUACUGAUUGCAGCCAUCGAACUUAUGAAGUGCAACAUGCCCCGCGGUGAGGAAGAGUAUGAGGAGGAGAAUGACGAUGAGAUUCAGCAGCUGAAGCAGAAGAUCCAUCUGCGCAGGCAGCAGAUCAGGAAGGACCAGCUUCAGUCCGCUGCUCAGACAUCGGAAGCUUUCCCCUCCACUGACAGCAGCGGAUCUGGACAGAGUUCCCAGUGUUCCUUCCUAUCUGAGUCCGGUUCUACUGAAGAGGGUGAAGAGUGCGAGAUGAAAGAUGGAGAUGCCGCCUGGUCGUGCAGCAAGUCGCUCUUGAGUUCCACCUCUACCACACACUCCUUCCUUCAGUCCGGUUCCGCCGAGGCAGUGGCCAUGGGGCUCCUGAAGCAGUUCGAGGGCAUGCAGCUGCCCACCGCCUCUGAGCUGGACUGGGUGGUCCCAGAGCAUGAAGCACCCCAGAAGCUCCUGCCAAUCCCAGAUUCGCUUCCCAUCUCCCCCGACGACGGCGAGCAUGCCGACGUCUACAAGCUGCGCAUCCGUGUCCGUGGUAAUCUAGAGUGGGCCCCACCGAGACCCCAGAUCAUUUUCAACAUACACCCGACACCGAAGAGAAAGGUGGUUGUGGCCAAGCAGAACUACCGCUGCUCUGGCUGCGGCACCCGUGCAGACCCAGGGUACAUUAAGAGACUGCGGUACUGCGAAUACAUUGGUCGCUACUUCUGCCAGUGCUGCCAUGAGAAUAAGCAGGCCGUGGUGCCCGGCUGGGUCCUCCGCAAGUGGAACUUCGCUAAACAUCCAGUAAGCAACUUCGCCUGGGACCUGCUGGCUAAGAUCGCAGGAGACCCCUUGUUCAACCUGAAGGAUAUCAACUUCAGCCUCUACAAAAAAGUCAAGACGCUGGAUGCUGUACGGGUGCUGAGAGUUCAGCUCUACCACAUGAAAAACUUGUUCAAGACUUGCAGGAUGGCUAAAGGAUUGCUGGAGCAGUUUGAUAGCAUCCCAUGUCACUUGACCGAGGACCUCCACCUCUUCUCUGUCAAUGACCUCAGUGCCGUGCGUCGUGGAGAACUGGCCCCUAAACUGAGGGAGUUGCUGCAUUUAGGAAGCAUACAUGUUGCUGUUUGUGUGCUUUGCCAAGCAAAAGGGUUUGUGUGUGAAUUCUGCGGUGAUGGAAAAGACAUCAUCUUCCCGUUUCAGCUGAAUAAACGUCAGCGCUGUGAAGAGUGUAAGACCUGCUAUCACAGAGACUGCUUCUCCGAUGGGACGGAAUGCCCAAAGUGUCGGAGACUUUCGGAGAGGAGAGAGCGUCUGGCUCGGAAGAACAUGGAGGAGCAGGAGGAAGAGGGAGGAGGGGAAUAACCGAUAGGAGAAAAACAGCCGCAUCGUCUAAAAAACUCACAUUUCCCCAUUUAUCAGCAGUAUUUUUGUUCAUGUAAGUUUACAUAGAUGACGCUUGGAGCAAAAUAUUUAAUAUUGUCAGCUUCCAUUUUCUUUCAUAAAAUCACAUGGUCUUCUUUAAGCAUUUGGUCAUGUGUAUCUUUAUAGGCCUUAAGAUAUCGUUUGUGUCUCCAGCUUAAUGUAGUUUAAAAUAAUGUGAAUUAGUGCCACGCUCAUUGAUGCGUGGUGGUAUGAACGUUCAUUCCAGGAGUAUUUAAGACAGUAUGAUGUCAUGGUUCUUCUCAGGCAGCACUGAGAAGCUAAUUGCUGCUCAGAUUCUUCUAAGAAGAGUGGGAAGAGAAGCGGGGCCCUAUGAACUAUGGCGUCCCGUAUCUCUUUUCUUUGCUUGGUUUUACCAGUCUCUUUAUCUUCUGCCUUUCCGGGCUUGGCAGGAGUUUGCACAUGUACAGAAUGCACCAUUAGUUGAAGUAAAAGCCUUGAAGAUUUAAUUGUGUAUAUCUUAAGACAGAUUUGAGUAAGUCUAAUCAGAGAAGUGUUGGCAGUGCUGCUUAUGUCAUCAUAAUUGCCCAUUUGAAUGUAACCAUGCAUUAAUGUUAAAAGAAUGAUGUUCCAUUUGUAAUAUUCUAUUUUUGAUAUUCUUUAUAAAUAAUCCUUAAAAUAUAUAUCAUUGACAUUAAAAGAUCAAUCUUACUAUUUUGAGGAUGUUACUGUCCUGUUAAUUUAUCACCCAAAUUAUAUUUUUUUUUUAUUAAUUUGUACCUUAGCAUUUGAGGGGUUCAAAUGCUAUUUCAGCUUUGCAGUAAUAUGUUGCUAACAGCCAUUCUGGAACAUCUUGCUGGAAAGGAAAUGAGUUCAUUAAAUGUAGGAUCCACUAGAGCAGUGUUUCCCCAAUCUGGUUCUCAGUCAUCUGCAGGUAGUCCAUGUUUAUUGGGAGCUGAGAGGGAGGAAAAAUGUGGACUAUCUGGAAAAGAGCUGAGAUGGACCAAAGAUGUGGACUGUAUGGAAAAGAGCUGAGAUGGAGCAAAAAUGUGGACUGUCUGGAAAAGAGCUGAGAUGGAGCAAAAAUGUGGACUGUCUGGAAAAGAGCUGAGAUGGACCAAAGAUG